AUCUCCACUUCAGCCUCCAUCACAACGCAGUUACUGAUGCUAUCGAUGCUUCCUCCGAUUCUAGCUUUUAGGUUAACAAUACCAUUGCAAAAUUCCUUCGCACCUUUCCUAUUUCCUACCAUUCUUAAUCGCUGCUCGCUACGCACCGUUUCGAUCUCCACCGACUUCACUCGUAAACUCGGGAGCUUCGAAGACGAACGUAGCAGAGGCUCUAGUGCACUUCGGCAAUUCUAGGAGGACGAACGUGUACUCGGGUUCGUGUUAAAUGUGAUGUUUGAUAUUGUAAUCUUGCCGAUGUCACUGUAUAUUGGUAAUCUGUCGGAACAUUCUCGAAGGGACGAACUCGAGCGUGUUUUCCGUCGAUUUGGACACUGUAAUGUUCAACUAAAGAGAGAUGGAUAUGGCUUUGUAGUGUUCGAUUUUCCUCCGGAUGCGGAAAAGGCUCUGCGAGCUCUGAAAGGUAGAAAUAUAUGUGGGGAACCACUGACUAUUACGUGGUCCAAUAAGCAGCCUAAUGUGCAGUUUUCGAGAUUUGCUAGGGGUGGUAGAAGAAAUGCGAAUGAGUUGCAUCGUGGGAGGAACUCUGAUAGAGUUGGCUUUGCAAGAAGGAAAGUGGGUUUCAAUGGAUGGCAGAAUCAUAAGAUGGGAGGGGGAAAAUCCAUUGAAAUGCCUGGGGAAGAGAGGGGAUAUCAACAAGAUGAUUCUAAAGAUUAUGUUGGGAAAGAAAAGGAUUACGGGGGAGACUUUCCUGAUGAAGGUGGUGGAGUUGUUCCUGACCUCGAGGACAAUGGUAGGUGGGGCGAACCAGUUCAUGACCCCUCAGUUGAUGAUGGGAAUGGAAAUGCUAUAGAAUUUGAUCGAUACGAACCUUAUCAGGGCCGUGACAGGAAGCAUGACAAUGAAGAUUAUCAUGUAGGUUAUUCUGGUGGUUCUCCCGGGGCUAAUUCCCAAGAGAAUGUCGGCAGAGUGCAGAUUGGCAAGGAUGCCUCAAAUCGUCCAAAUGACUCUAAAUUCCAGCAAACUUGUUAUAGAUGUGGUGAGCCAGGUCAUAAAAUGCGAAAUUGUCCAAAAGAACAUUCUUCACAGAGAAAAUAUCACAGGUUUGAUGUUCAGCAGAAUAAUAAAAUAGGAAAAAAGCAUAAAGGUGAAAAUGAGAAUAAAUUUGGGUCUGGUUCCUGGACAAAGCUGCAUUCCAGUGGGGAUGCUUUAUCAUUGAGGCACCGGAGAGAUGAGCGGAGGGUGUCUGCUUCACGACGUCAUGUUGCAGAAUCAAGAGAUGAAACAUCCCCUGCAACAAGGGAAACUGAUAUGCAUCAAAAAAGGGAGUAUGGAGGAAAGAAGCGAAGCAGAAAUGGAAGAGAAUCGCCUGAAAGAUCUCGGGCAAAGAUAUCAAAGAAGUUUGUCACACCCUCUUUGCCUUCAAAUUACUCUACUUCAUAUUCUCUUUCCCAUUCUCGAUCAUCCAAGUCAUUGCCUAGGUCUAGUUCCCGUUCUAGAUCAAGAACGGUUUCUUCCAGGGCUCGCACUUCAUCUUCAAAGUUACGGUCUUCCUCAAAAUCUCAGUAUUGUAAAGGCAAAAGCUUGAAUUCUAGGAGGUCACGCUCUCCUACAUCUUUGUCUGUAUCACUUAAUCAACCUUUGUCACUGUCUCCCAAUAAAAUCCAGUUGAAUUCAAGAGGCUCACCCAUUAAUGGUACUGCUCGUGAAUCUGUGGAUCGUUUGGUUGCACAGGGACAACAAAUUGGCAAUACAACAGACUUGGAGAAUCUUCAAUCCAAGGAUACAGGUAUUGCUGUAAAUGGAAAACCCAAAGUGUUCACCACAGCAAUGGACUGUGUGGAAAAGGACCUAUUUGUACAGGAGGACAAUAAUGAAGAUUGUAUUUUCUUAAAAUCAUCAGAUGGAGUAACAAAUUUAACUGAACCAUUUGUUGCUGGGGAUUUAUCUCCUCCGAUAGUAAAAGAGACAACGGGUCUUGGGGAUUCUGGAACAUCGAUGUUGAGUGAUAUUCAAACAGAAAUUCAGAAGCCUUCUUCUGAAAUUCAUGUUAACCCCCACUCUGACCUUUCAACCAUCGUAAGCACAGAAGAGAUGUGCACUGUUCUGAAUAACUAUGGCCUGGAACUUCCAAAAGAUGAUGAAAAAAAUUUAACAAUGAAUGCCUUCUUUGGUUGUGCUCGGUUGUGGCCUUGGCAUAUUAUUUAUUAUCGUAGGUUGAAGAAAGGCCCAAUUUCAACUGAGAACUAUGCCAGGCGGGUUGCUCAGAAUCAGGAAUUUGGCAUUGUUGAUAAGUAUAUAAGAAGCAGUAGUGGAUGGGGAGAAUUCAGUCUUGAGAUAUCUUAAUUAAUAGUUCAUACUGCUACAGAUGAUGCUCCAUUGGUAAAUUUAUCCUCGUAGGAGUUGGGUAUCUAUGUUCUAUGAUGUCUUUUCCGCAUGGAUCUCAAUGGACUUCAAAUGUGAUUACUCAGUAAUGAUUGCAGAAAAGUUUGCUCAGGUAAUUAUGCAAAUCAUACUAUAACUCAUCAUAUUGCUUUGCCUAGUUGCAGUCUCUGCUCAAUUAUUGUACAAUGCCAUCCUAUAAAUGAUAGCAUUUAUAACAAUGGUAGUAUGCUGAAUGUUUGAAUGAAGCUACAGAUUCUGGAAUGGCAGGAAUCUCCACUGUUUUUAUUAGUGCUCUGUUUGUUUUCCGUGCUUGCUUAUGAGAAGUGGGCGGGGGGAUAAAGAGCUCUUGUGUGACUAAAAGUAUAGGAUAAUAUAAGAAGCGCAACUGAACACAUUAUAUAAUAAUAAAAUAAUAUAUAUAAUCAUUAAAUAACAUGUUCUGAACUUGAAACUACAAGUCCUAAUCCAGUAUGUUCAUCUGAAAAUACAAAAUAUAUUUAUAUUCUAUUUUCCUCAUCCAGUAUGUUCCGUUUCUAUCUAGUUGUUUUAAAUUAUUACCUAUAAUGAUUAUAUUGGUUUCACUCGCUGUUCUUUACUUUUUAGUUUAUUACUGGUAUAUUAUAUUUUUUAUUUUGUCAUGGCUGCUAUCAGGUUUGAGUAAUGAAGUACAUGCAGCCACCCACACACUUUGCAUAACUUCGUGAUAUUGUUAUCAAUUCCAGAUCAUGCUGUGGAACAGCCAGUCCCAAAAUCACUAUAGCAGGAUAUAUGUGAGAUGACUGGUAUUUUGAAAAUUAUAAAUACAAGUUAAAUAAUUUAUACUACACAUACACCAAAUUAAAGACAUUUAUAAUUAAUAGUCAAAAAUCAGCUGUAGGCUAAACACACAAGGUAACAACAUAAGUCACAGAACACAAAAAACAAGCAGAACAGAAGCCUGAAAUUAGAAAAAACAAAACUAAGAUCUUUUUGAAAAUUAUUCAAACAUGUUGAGACCAGAUGUGGGGCUACCUUGCUACUCUGAACACACCACAAAAUGAAACAAAGAAUAGAAAAAACAUACUACACAUGCUGAAGGAAGAAAAAGAAAAAUAGAGUCCUCUCUGAAUAGCUGAUGAUCUGAACAUAACAGAAAGCAGAAGAAGGUUUUGCUGUGAUGUGUGAAGUGAGGCUUGCCCAGAAACACUGCUGGAGAGCCGGGUCAUUGGCUGGAAAGUGUCAUACUUAGUUGAGCUUUUUGGUCUCAACUCUCAAAUACGAGCGAGAGAAUUUAGUCUCCAAUCACAAUCCCAGGUUUUCUGGUUUAAAACAUGGGGAAGUGGCAAAAGUAAAACAAAAAUGGCCUCAACGAUGUGCAUAAUAGAGUGAUUUAAUAUGGGAAUUUGGCUGUGAGUGUGAACAAAUAUUGGCUGCAGGUGCCACAAUUUUCUAGGAUAGUGGCAAUUUGUGAUCGUAACUCCCAACUAGAGGCCUGAUGUUGCUUCAUGACAAUCCUUUGCAAUGCUAUGGUGCACUUUUGAUAACCAUGCUUUCGAUUAACCUAAUAUCAAACUUAUAUAACAAACACUACCUCAAUCAGCCAAGGGAUUUGCAACUAGAGACGUGGUUUAGUAUUGGCCUUAAGCAGUUAAGAGAUUUGUAACAAGAGAGUGAAGAGACACUAUUUAGUAUGAGCAGUAAGUGGUUGGUGAUAGAUAAUUAGUGAUUAAAAAAGUAUGUUAUUUGGUUAGUAGGAUUGAUUAGGUAACAUGUGUUUAGACAUAAUCUUUGGUUCUGGGGACAAUUCACAAGUUGACUUCGACUAGUGGAUAUUGCAAGUAAAAAGCAAACGUAGAAAGGGAAAAAAGAAAAGUAAAUAAAAAAAAAGCUUGUAAUAUGUCAUUUAUAUAGAUUCCAUAUUAGCUUUUAAAGCUUUUGAAGAAUUGAAGGUUAGGAUGAGCAGAAAGAGUGAGGAAGUU